UACCCCACGAGGCCUGCCCUUCGUUUUCAUUUUUAUGUCCCUCCAAAACGACUCUUGGUCCGACUCUAUAGCCAGCAAAUACUUUGCGAGUUAACCACCUGUAACCCAUUUGGUAGAGACCCAAAAACAAGAGAGAGAAGAAGAGAGGAUUCACAUACCACACCUCUCUCUCUCUCUCUCUCUCUCUCUCUCUCUGUUUUUGUGGCGAAUUUCUUGUUUGUUUUGCAAAUGGAUUACUGGUCUUCUUCUCUCACCGUCGAUGAUGAAUUUGAGAAACUUGUUCUUCGUAUGAACCCACCAAGGGUUACUGUUGAUAAUGACUCGGACAGAAAAGCCACUCUUAUCAAGGUUGAUAGUGCAAAUAAGAGAGGGAGCUUGUUAGAGGUUGUUCAAGUUCUGACUGAUAUGAAUCUGAUAAUUAGAAGGGCUUACAUUUCUUCAGAUGGAGGGUGGUUUAUGGAUGUGUUUCAUGUUAUUGAUCAACAUGGGAAUAAGCUCUCUGAAGAUAAUGUCACUGAACGCAUUCAGCAGUCACUGGGACCAAGGGGACGAAGCUUCCGGUCUUUGAAAAGGUCUGUUGGUGUCCAAGCUGCCAUGGAACACACCACCAUUGAAUUGACUGGAAGAGACCGACCCGGCUUGCUUUCAGAGGUUUUCGCAGUCCUCACUGACCUAAAAUGUAAUGUGGUAGCUGCAGAAGUCUGGACCCACAAUUCAAGGAUGGCUUCAGUUGUUUACAUCACGGAUGAAUUGAAUGGAUCGCCAAUCGAUGAUCCUGAUCGACUAGCCAAGAUCAAGCAACUUCUUCUUUACGUGCUAAAAGGGGAUAGAGAUAAGCGAGGUGCCAACACUGCUGUUUCUGUGGGUUCCACUCACACUGAGAGAAGGUUGCAUCAAAUGAUGUAUGCUGAUCGCGACUACGAUACUGAUGAUUUUAGUGGGUCCACAAAUGAUCCAAGCAAGCCCCUUGUAACUGUUGAAAACUGUGAUGAAAAAGGGUACACUGUCGUGAACUUGAGGUGUCCUGACCGGCCCAAGCUACUCUUUGACACGGUGUGUACGUUGACAGAUAUGCAGUACCUGGUGUUCCAUGGCACUGUCAUUGCUGAAGAAGGACCUGAGGCUUAUCAGGAGUACUAUAUCAGGCAUAUGGAUGGGUACCCAAUUAGUUCCGAAGCAGAGAGGCAACGGGUAAUUCACUGUUUGGAGGCUGCAAUUAAGAGGCGAACUUCUGCGGGCAUAAGACUACAACUUUGUGGCAAAGACAGGGUUGGGCUUCUAUCUGAUGUAACUCGCAUAUUUAGAGAGAACGGUCUAUCAGUCACCCGGGCAGAGGUCACAACUAGGGGAUCACAAGCUAUGAAUGUUUUCUAUGUGACCGACACAUCGGGAUAUCCAGUUAAGAGCGAAACGAUUGAGGCAGUUCGAAAAGAGAUUGGCCUGCCAAUAAUUAGCUUGAAGGACGACGAUGGAUGCUCAAAUUCACCACCCCAGCAAACUGGGAGAUUCUCGUUUGGUAAUCUCUUUCGUUCUAGAUCAGAGAAAUUUCUCUAUAAUCUCGGUCUGACGAGGUCAUCGUGAACCUGAGAACUUUUCUUUGGUGAACUAGGAACUGUUAAAAUUGCCUGUAAAUACUAGUCUAGAAGGAUUAAUCAUAGGCUUUUAGGGACUGCAUUGUCAAAUUUGAAUUCUGUUUCAACUUUGUAAAGCUAUCCAUGUAAAAUUGCUCUUUUUUGCCUUAAAAAGAGAGACUUGUCAAUACAUAAUGUGGAUCAUUGCUCUACUUCUUCUGGCGUUGAUCAA